AUGGUAUCAGAGCUUGGUCUCUUAUCCAAGUCUCAAUCGACAAGUGCAGAUGAAGCCCGUCAAAAAGAUAAUCAGAAGAAAGAUGCUAAAGCCUUGUUCUUUAUUCAACAGGCAAUAGAUGAGACCAUCUUCCCUAGAAUUGCUGCAGCAGUCACAUCAAAGGAAGCUUGGGAUAUUCUCAAGACUGAAUACCAAGGAUCAGCCAAAGUUAUUACAGUCAAAUUGCAAUCCUUGAGAAGACAGUUCGAGACUUUAAACAUGAAGCCAAAUGAAGCAGUAAAAGAAUAUCUAGCAAAAGCAGCAUCCAUAGUGACACAGAUGCGUGCCUAUGGAGACAAGAUUUCUGAUGAAAUUAUGGUCGCCAAAGUUCUCAGGAGUUUACCAGUCAAGUUCGAUCACGUGGUGGCAGCAAUCGAAGAAUCAAAGGACUUGAAGACUUUUACCUUUGAUGAGUUAAUGGGGUCACUACAAGCGCAUGAGGCAAGAAUCAACAUGAACCACACACAAGAAGAAGAACAAGCCUUUCAGAUCCAAGGGGAGCAAAACAGAUUUUCUGGCGGUAGAGGAAGAGUAAGAACAUCAUCAUUUCGAGGCCGUGGACGAGGCAGAUCACGGGGAGCAGUGGUUCGAUGUGACCACUGUGGAAAGCUUGGUCAUAAGGAAGAAGAUUGGUGGGCAAAGCAAGGUCAAGCAAAAUAUACGGAAGAAGAGUAUGUUGAACGAGAUGAAUGUCUAUUCAUGACCUACGGAAACCAAGCUAGCCGAAAGAAGGAGAUAUGGUACAUAGACAGCGCAUGUUCAAAUCAUAUAACAGGUACACGUGAAAAAUUCAAGAAUUUGGAUGAAUCAGAAAAAUCCCGUGUGAAACUUGGUGAUGAUAAAGUUGUAACCAUCAAAGGAACGGGAACUGUCACUAUAAGCAUAGAAGGAAAAGACAAACUCAUCAAGGAUGUACACUUUGCUCCAGGUCUCGCUCACAACCUGAUAAGUGUGGGAUAG